AUGGAUAACCGUUUUGCUACAGCAUUUGUAAUUGCUUGUGUGCUUAGCCUCAUUUCCACCAUCUACAUGAACUGUGGAAAGAUUAAUAUACGUACAGCUCAAAAAUCAUUUGAUGUGGUCACACAAUGCUUCAGUUUCACACUAAAUGAGCAGUUCAUGGAGAAAUUUGUUGAUCCUGGAAACCACAAUAGUGGAAUUGAUCUACUUCGGACCUAUCUUUGGCGUUGCCAGUUCCUUUUACCUUUUGUUAGCCUAGGUUUGAUGUGCUUUGGGGCUUUGAUCGGACUUUGUGCUUGUAUCUGCCGAAGCUUAUAUCCCACCAUUGCUACGGGAAUUCUCCAUCUCCUUGCAGGUCUGUGUACACUAGGCUCAGUAAGUUGUUAUGUUGCUGGAAUAAAACUACUCCACCAGAAACUACAGCUGCCUACGAAUGUGUUAGGAGAAUUUGGAUGGUCCUUCUGCCUGGCUUGCGUCUCAGCUCCAUUGCAGUUCAUGGCUUCUGCUCUCUUCAUUUGGGCUGCUCAUACCAACCGCAAAGAGUAUACCUUAAUGAAGGCGUAUCGUGUGGCAUGA